AGGGAGGUUAUACGAAGGGUUCUACACAUUUGAGCGGUCUGUUGUUCCAAAGCAAGCACGGCUGGUCGCUAGUGUGGCUUUUAGUUACAUAGUGACGGGAGAUUUCGCUACAACUUGAGUCCCUUCGAAAAACGCAAAGGAGCAAAAGUUGCUGACGGCUCAAAGAGAACGGUGAAUUUUACGUAAGACGUGUGCGCACAUUUUCCGACUGUACUAGUAUACAGUGAGGUGUUGCCCUGUUGUUUGGGAACAGUUGGUCGAUAGCUGGGUACAUAUUGACUGUACUUAUCGAUUGGAAAAGGCGAACGCAAAGCGUGGGGAGGGGAAGACUUGGGAGGGAUUUCACAGUGACUGGAUGGGACUAGAACUCUUCGACAACAAAUUAUAACUAGAGGAAAACACAACCAAGCCGUUACCAUGGCAACCGGAGGGAGACCGGAAGUGACGGAGGAGGAACCGGAAAUCGACCCAUACGAGGGUCUGGACAACGAAGAACUCAAGAUCGCCUUAAAACUCGCGGAGGAAGAGACGCGAGGGCUGUACGCAGACUUAAAGACAACGAUGGAAGAACACGAGAGAGCCAAACAAGAUCUCGAGCAGAAGCUGACGAAAGCUCUACAGGAGAAACAGAGCAUCACGAAGGAAAGGGACGCAGCCGUGGCGAAGUUGAGAGGAGUUAAGGACGACUCGGUCGCGAAGGACCAUCGGAACUCGCAGAGAAUUAAGGACCUGCAGUCUAAGCUGCAGGAAAAGACUUUGGAAUGUAAGAGACUCUUAAGGAGUAACGAGCUGCUGAGGAAGAAACUCAACGCACAACAGGCCAAGAUGAAGUUCGAAGUUGACAAGGAGGUGAAGAAGUUUAAGAACCAGCAGCGAAAACUUGAGGAGGAGAAUGAAGAAGCGCAGAAGGAGGCGAAAGAAGCCGCGAAGAAAGUCCAACUUCUUCAAAAACAGAAAGAGGACGAGGCCCGGCGGAAGAUGCUAGCGGAGGAAAGACUCCACCGGCUGGAGCGGGAGAACGAGUUGAUGGAGCGGAGAAACUUCAUGACGGAGCGAGCACUGGAGGAGGCUGUACGGAAGAUGAAGGAGGUGCGAGUGGAGAAGGCCGUCCUUGAGGACAUGGAACGUGACCUUCAGGAGGUCGCGCACGCGCAGCUCGAACUCGCCGCCAGCGAGAAGGAGGAGAAGGAGGGGGAGAACCUGCGGAGCAUGCGCAGACGGGAGCUGGAGCGGACCAACAAGCAGAAGAGCCAGAUCAAGCCGGUUCAGGACACGCAUCACGUGCAGGCCACGCUCGACAUGAAGGCCAAGUUCCUCGCGCUCACCACCAUUCCUGAGGAAAAGGUCGCCUGAGACGACGUCACUUCCGCUGGCAACGUCACAUCCGGUGAUGAUGUCACAUGCUGUCAUGACUUUACAUCCGGUGAUGACGCCACAUCCCGUCAACGUAAUCGCCAAGCAGAUUCUGUAGCGCAAGGGGAGUUAGCCAAUUGGCCAAAUGAAGAUGGAGAUCGUGAUAGUGAAAUGUUUACCCGAACAUUGCAAUGGGGAACGUAGAGUUAGUGCAUUAAAUGGAGGCAUAGCUGGUUGACGUGUCACAACCAUCAAAAUAUAUGUUGUGUUCACAGGAUAAAAUAUCAACCAAACAAGGCGGAUUUUCUUUUGGUUUACAGAAAGUGUGUAUAUAUCUCAGACUUGUCCACAGUUAGUUAGCACUACCAUUGAAAAUACGAGAUAGUUUGUUUUUGCGAAUUUCGAGGUUUUUUUUCUAAAUCUGAUAACUUGUAUGCAAUUUGUAAAUUUUCACUGUCAACAAAAAGGCAAUAGACAUGAAUAUAGCGCGAAAUUGAAGACAGGAAAAGCGAUAACCUUUUGGACCUUUGACCUUACUUCCUGUCAGUAAGUUAACCUGAGUAAACCGAAGCUUCCAUGACCAUAAAUGAAAUUUCAAAUAGUUAAUUCCAACGCUGUUGAAUGUAACGCGUUACUUGACCUUCUAUCAGCCAUUUGACAUGUAAAAAUAAGUGUGAUGUUUGUAUUGAAUUCCUCCACAGGGCAAUAUGUAAUAUGUACAGAUUUAACCCAAUAUUUGAGUGUAAAAAAAGACAUACUGAUGAAGGUAUACGUUGAUAUGCUUUGUAUUCCAUGAUUUGAUGUUUUAUGUGUUUCGUAAAUUAAACCUCAAGCCAAAUAACAAAUUACGUUUUUGACCAGAAGAUAUUUGUUGCUAAGUUGUUACUGUAUAAGGUUAUUUGUGUGAAGGCUUCAUUGUAAAAAAAAUAAUUCAAAUUUAAAUAAGCCUUUGUACAAUCUUUAGACAUUGUGGAAACGUAGUUUAAUAAAGAUGGAUUGAUGACU